AUGGCGGCUUGCUUAAAGCAUGUGCUUCGGCUAAACGGGUUAAAAUUGGGACAUGUCGGAACGUGGAGCCCAAAGUUAAGUCUGUCUACACUCACUUGUCAGAAUGUGGGUCGAGUGAUCAACCCCAAACACUUUUAUGCUUGCCGUUCAUCUAGUCAGCUCUUCCAGAGACCACACAUAAUCUUUGCUUCUCAGUCACUUUACAAUUCUACAGAAGCAACAGCCAGCAUUUCCUCUACAGGUGCAACGGACACACUAUCCAAUAGUCUACCUCCCGGUUAUAUACCUGAGCCUCCACCAUUGCCAACACCAACAGAAGAGGUUCUGAAUUCUUUAGGGGAGCCAACAUUUACCAGCCUUGGUCUUGGUGGUUAUGCUCCUAGUGGUUGGAUACAAUCUGGGCUGGAAGCUCUCCAUGUUGGACUUGACUUGCCAUGGUGGGGAGCCAUUGUAGCUGGCACCAUAGUUAUUCGUCUCUGCAUGUUCCCAAUUGUGGUGCUGGCACAGAGGAAUGCAGCCCAUAUGAGCAACCACAUGCCAACAAUUGCGCGUCUACAGCAACAAUUUUCAGAGGCCAGAAUGAGUGGAAAUCCCAUGGAAGCUUCUCGUGUUGGGAAUGAACUGAUGAAUUAUAUGAAGAGAUAUCAAAUCAAACCUUUACGGAAUUUCUUGGUUCCAUUAGCACAGAUGCCUGUUUUUAUUUCUGUAUUUGUUGGUUUAAGAGGCAUGGCCAAUCUUCCUGUAGAAAGUAUGACCUCUGGCGGAAUUUUGUGGUUCACUGACCUUACAGUUACUGACCCUUACUAUGCCCUCCCAUUACUCACUGUGACAACUUUAUUGGCUACAAUUGAGUUGGGGGUCGAUGGUGUGAAGACUGGCACAAUGUCUCACAACAUGAAGUGGGUCUUUCGGGCAAUGCCUGUCUUUUUGUUUCCAGUCAUCUCAGGAUUUCCAACUGCUAUGCUGUGCUACUGGUUUACCUCGAAUGCUUUCUCACUUCUGCAAGUGAUGUUUUUGAAGAUUCCAGUGAUUCGUGACAAGCUGAGUAUUCCUCAGUUGAUCAAACAUGACACUAACAUGAUGCCGAAAAAGAAAGGAUUUCUGGAAGGAUUUAAAGAAAGCUGGAACAAUGCCAAAGUGGCAUCUGAAAUGGAACAAAGGCAGAGAGUGGAUUCUUUGAAAUUCAAAGAAGCGGUCUAUUUUCCUCUCUUUAUUUCCUUUCUUUUCCUUUCUAUCCUCUCUUUUCUUUUUCCUCUGUUUUACCAUUUUUGUCUUUUUUUAUCUUUCUAUCCUCUUUUUUUUUUUUUCUGUUUUUUGUCCAUUUUUUUUUGUCUUCUUUUUUUUUUCUUCUUUUUUUUGUCUUCUUUUUUUUGUCUUCUUUUUUUUCUUUUUUUUGUCUUCUUUUUUUGUCUUUUUUGUCUUUUUUUUUUUUGUCUUCUUUUUUUUGUCUUCUUUUUUUUGUCUUCUUUUUUUUUUUUUUUUUUUUUUUUUUUUUCUUUUUUUUUUUUUCUUUUUGUCUUUUUUUUUUCUGUCAUCAAUGUCAGAAAAUUAUGGAUACAAGUGACUUUCUACUGA